UGGUGUUGGUGGAGUGGAGGGAGGUGCUGUGUGUGACAUUUGCACUCACCUUCCCACCCCACCUUGGCCCGUCACUCUUUCACUAUCACCCAGCCCAUCACAGGGCUUCCUGUAAAGGCCCAGACAGAAGCUGUGGUCGAUGCAAGAAAAUGUCAGCGGCCACCCAAAAAGAGCAAAGACAAUAAGGAGGCAAAAGAAUGAGUGACAGAAAGAGAGAGGAGAAAAUGAGAGCAAGCGGAAGGGAAGGAGGACAGUGAGAGAUCAAAGAAAAGACAAUCUUUUGACUGAAGACGACGGUCCAGCAGAAGGGACGACGAUGCGCUGCUGUCUUCACUAAGCCAAGAAAAUCAUCGAGGGAAAUUACCAAUGGUGAGAAAUUGACCAUACGUGAUGAUGGGGGCGGUGCAGCCCUACUUUAUCUUGGCGGUUUUGUUUUCUCUUCAAUGUCUGGACUGUGAGGCGAACUUGCAAGGGCUCACCUGUGUGAAUGACUUAAUCAACAAUGUCACUUGUACGCUGAACAGUUCUUCAGUGGAUCCUGGCUUAGACUGUAUAAUAUUUGGCUACAAGAAAAUCCGAAUCAGGACGAAUGGGGUGACGCAUGCAAUUCUAAUCAGCCGGAGCUGCAAGGUGAGAGGACGCCGUAACUUACCUCCAGGAUGCAGUUUUCUCUUUGAAAAUGUAAAAUUCACCCUUUUUGAGGUGAUGCCCAACAUCAGCAUGGAAUGUAACGGUGCGCUAGUCAAGAACCUCAAAGACUAUAAACUCCAAAACCACAUUCAAAUGCAUCCCCCAGGCCUCCCUAACGUCAGCCACACUGACAAUGACACUGUGAUAUAUUGGGGUCCAAGUAGCCCCUGCUCCGUGCUUCUCCGAAAGUUUGAAUAUGAAGUUCAGAUACAAAGGAGUGACCCAACGACAAAGGAGGUUCACACAUUUCCCACCAACAAACCCCAAUUAAGGAUCGCCGCUGGGCAGCUGAAAGGCAAGCACCAGGUUCGUGUGAAAGUCAAGCCAGCACACAGAGAAAACAGCCAGUGGAGUGAGUGGAGUCCGUCUGUAUCCUGGGUGGGGCCAGAAGCUGCAAAUCAAGAAUGGAGUCUGGAUCGGACCUUUAUAAUAUUAGCGGUUUUGAUCACCUUGUGUGUCAUGAUCAUCAUGAUGCUGGUGUUUUACAGAUAUCAUAUUAGCAAAAGAUUCCUGAAAGCGAAGCCAGUUCCAAAUCCUUCAAAAUACUUCCAAAGUCUCCAUAGUGGGAAUUUAAAGAAAUGGCUGAAUCCUAAUUAUGCUGUUGCAACCUUGGACAAUCCCCAGCCUCUCGACCACAUCUCCCCAGUGGCGGUGUGUGAAAGCUGGGAUGCGGGUCCUUCCACGUUCAACCCCUCCAGCUCCAAUUGUGUCCCGCAACCUCCGAUCAACAUCGAAACGUCGGCUGGCUCAGAUGAGAACAGGCUUGUAGACAAUUUGUCCGCAUCUUCGUCAUGUUUCUCUAACUUGGGCUACUUUGUGUCCACCUCCUCCAGCAGCUCCGUUCAAACUGAGCCCAAUACAGUAUACUUUGCGUAUAAAGAUGAUGUUCGCAUUCCGCACAAGGCACAUAAUGCUAACCUUCACCUCUCUCUCCACCGUUGCCCUACUUUGGCCAAGUCUCCAAGCUGUGAGAGUUUGAAGAGAGGGACGCAGAGCCCUGACUCGGGCUUUUGUUUUGGACAGGGAGAUGUGGAGGUCAAGGAAGAUAAACAAGGUGUGAAUGGGGAAGAAGACCAGAUUUCAGGUCUUUGUAGCUUCUCACAACUAAGCCUCCCUCUCCGUCUUCCAGUGCAGACAGGUAACCCCUCGACUCCUCCUGGUCUGUCUCAGUUAUCUUCAGAUAGAACUCAGACGCAUGCGCCUUUGCUAGCAGCAAAUGUAAGCGCUGCAGGCUGGCCUGUUGCUUGUACAAUGUACAGGCCUUCCUCUAUGCCAGUAGAGUCGUGCAAAUCAGGUUAUUUCAUCCUGAAAGAGAUACAAACUACUUUUAGCAACGCGUCUAUCUGAGCUCGGUCUGAGAUGGAGCCCUGCUGUGCAAACACAUUUUCUGCUGCUGAAAAUUAUGAUUAUGAUGAUGAUUGAUUUAGUGUAUACAAUGAUUCUCAAACGCUGAGCCGGUAAAUUAUCUAAUUUCACAUUAAGUCCAUGUACAGUGAAAAUAAGUUUGGCUUGUAAAUUUCACACACGUGAGUGUUGUUUCCAUCCAUCCAUCCAUUUUCUGAGCCGCUUCUCCUCACACGGGUCGCGGGCGUGCUGGAGCCUAUCCCAGCUGUCAUCGGGCAGGAGGCGGGGUACACCCUGAACUGGUUGCCAGCCAAUCGCAGGGCACAUAGAAACAAACAACCAUUCGCACUCACAUUCACUCCUACGGGCAAUUUAGAGUCUUCAAUCAACCUACCAGGCAUAUUUUUGUGAUGUGGGAGGAAACAGGAGUGCCCGGAUUUGCCAAAUUUGAAUGAUUUAAAAAAAAAAAGCUAUAUAAAUUAUAUAAAAUAUCCACCCCACUCCAAAUAUUGGGCAUGUGCGCCGAAUGAUUUGUGCGUGAUUUGUGCAUUUCAAUCAUUUCAAGCUAUGCAACGUGAGCUGCGCUUGAACCAUGUUGUGUAAAGUCAAUCACUUAUCUCACGUAAACCACUCUUUAAGAGAAUUGAAAUGAGGACUCUUCUGUGUAGAUGGUUUACUGUUAGUGUUCUCACUUGCUUGUAGCGUCUAAUAAAUGAUGUCAUACAUUGAUAUGAAUGAAAUCA